UGUUUUUUCAGUCCCAAAAAAAGAAAAAAAAAGAAUUGAGUUUUUGACCAGCUUCGCAGUUGCACUCUUCAAUCCUUCACUCCCAAUUCUGUAAGUCAACGCGCAUCACAUUUUGCUCAAACCCCAAACCCUAUCCCCACCGGGAUCCUACAACUCCGACAACAUGCCCCCGACCACCGUCAUCGCCGCCGUCCUCCUCCUCCUCCAAUUCAUAAUCACCGCCACCAUCUCCGCCCCAAUCGUGGGACUAGACUCCUUCCUCGCUCAACAAUCCCGGGUUGACCCGACUGCCACAAACGAUUCAUUCCUCUCCCUUCCUUCUUCCCUCAAAAAACACCUCGCCCACCCCUCCUUAAACAACCCAACCACCCCUUCUUCCCUCCUCUCGUUCCAACUCUCCGUCCCCAUCACCGUCAAGCUCGUCGGCUCCAAUUUCUCGUCCUCUUCCAAAUCUCAGCUCUCUUCAUUUCUCAGCUCCGCAAUUUCUUCCGAUCAGUUCCACGUCAUCACCCCUUUCUCUUAUCAAUCUCAUCAUCUCUCCAUUUCCCAUUCCCUUCACCUUGACGUGUCACAUUCUUCUAAUUCCCUUUCUUCACGUUUAUCUGAAACCCUCAAAACUCACCUCUCCACUGUCCCUUCAUCUUUCAGAUCCGUGCUCGCCUCCGUCCCGCACGAGAUCAUCGAUGAAAUAAUUAAACAGGACUAUGAAAAAGAGAAACCAAUUAAUGGGAUUUACAUUUAUAUUCUCAAUUUGGGCUCCCAGUCAAAACCCUAUGCUUACAGCUACACUCCUGGAGAACCGUCCCCGGCUUUCACCAAGUGUUUGGGCACUGUAUGGACCGGAAAAGAUCGGUAUUUAUGGAUUGAUUUGGGGGCUGGCCCGGUUGAUUAUGGGCCUGCGUUGUCCGGCGAUGGUGUGCUGCCACGUGGCGAGUUUCAUCCGUUUGCUUCGUUGCACGGCCGCCCCAAGUCCCAAAAGGCACUACUUUCGGAUUUGGCAUCGUUGGUUUGGAGUGCUUAUCAGGUUCUUCUUGUGCCGUCUUUGCGAAUCCCUGUCCCGUUUGAGAAUUCGUUAAUUGUUGAAUUUAUACAUAUACAUAGUAAUUCGGAUAAUAAGGAUAGUUUUGGGUUAGAUUGGAAGUUGAUAGAGAGGAAUUUCAUGGAUGAAGUAAAUGAAAAUGGGUUGUUGUUUGGUGAUCAAUCUUUGAGAUUUAAGAAGUAUGAGGUGAAUUUAGCAGAGUGUCCUAUUUGUUCUUUUGCCAUUUCGAGGGCUGCUACAUCGUAUACUUCUAGGUACUUGUUUGAUAAUUAUACUCUGAUUGUCAGUGAGUACCUGGACUCGAAGCGUUUACACCAGACAUUGUCUGAAUCGGCUGAGGAGUUUAGGAAGGUUGCUAAGCUUCCUGAGGAGGACUUUGCUGGAAGGAUUCUUCCGGUUUAUGUUUUUGAUUUGGACGUUAAUACGAUUCUGUUGCUUGAUCGUUAUCAUCAGUCCGUGGCCUUUAAGGAUAUGGUUAUUGCAGUCAGGACGAAGAGUACGCAGACUGUGAGUGAUUAUAGCUGUAAUGGGCGUCAUGUGUUUACACAGACUCGCGAGUUGGAGAGACCCCUUGUAGGUUCCAUCUUACAGAGCAUGUGGGGUGUUUCCCCGACACAUAUGGUAUGGAGCCCAAGACACAACAGUACUCUAGUUGACUAUACGUGGAGCGUUGGGCAGACACCAUUUGGCCCAUUUUCAGAGGUUUCUUCCUUGUCGUUUGUCCAGAAGGAUGCUGCGAGGAGAAAUGUGUUGUUGACAUCGUUGAACUAUAGUAUUACUAGUGCUCUUGAAGUUCUUGGAUCCAUUGCUGCACAUGGAGGGGAGAGAAAGCUUCUGAAGCAUAAUCAGCUUACUGAGUUCAUGCAGCGGUGGAACUUGUUCAAGUACAAGCUAGACAAGGCAGUUUCAGCGUUAUCACAUUUUGACUUCGAAAAGGCUCUGUAUUACAUGAGGUCUUCGGAUCAUGAUAUUUAUGCCAUUCAUUCUCUUGUUUACCAUGCUUCACAAGAGCUGGAAGCGUCGCUAGACUGUUUCAAGGACCCACCAUUUCCCUGGGCGUCAGUUUCUAUGACUGCUGGAGUUAUAAUUUUCCUUCUGUAUGUUUGGGUAAAAAGAGAUAAGUUCUUCUCCAACAAGCGAAAACAAUUUUGACAUUUUUUCAAGCGCUGGAGUUUGUAAGAUCUGAGUUGAUACAACACCCGUAUCUAUGAGUAGCAUGCUGGCUGUAAGCUCUGAAAUUAGAAUUUGUUUUGUUAAGAAAAGGUACUGCAGUUUAAAUUAGCACAGAACAUCUUGAUUAUUGUGUGGAUUUUCUUAGGAGUGUCAGGAUCAUGCUUGCCAAUUGGAUCAUAGGAGCUUUUUGGUCUAACGUCCUAUGGAUGUUCAUUGAAGAGUUAAUAGAUUAUAAACUCAUCAUCUAACUUUUAGCUUAUCAAAAAAAAAAACUUAAUUGUCAACUUACUCCCAUGUGUAAUUGAUUUUCCGACAAGGAAGAGUUUUAAUUUUU